GGUAGCAGUUGUUUUGUUUAUACAACAGUGUCCUUCCCUGUUAGAGAUAGUUGAAGUGUGGCUGCCGUUAGCCGGACCCCAAAAACAGCUUAAAUUACCUUUACGGGGUAAAUUAUGUCUGUGAAACACGCCAUUAGCCGGGGGCUCGAGUUGGGCCGGUCGGUCUUUCAGCUGGGUCUCCUCAAAUCCGGUGGCCGAGUCGCAGCAAGGCUCCGAGCUGAUCGUUUCCGUGUAGGCCCGUCGGUCCGCACCGUUCAGCCUCAGGCUUUCCUGCCGUCCCGGUACCGCUAUUACCGCACCUCUCUGAAGGGCCUGGCAGCCCAGCUUCAGUCCGCCGGCUUCAGGAGGGGUUUCACCGGCGGCUCCCCGCGAAACAGGGCCGUGUUUUUGGCCUUCGGUCUCGGUGUGGGACUCAUCGAACAACAGCUGGAGGAUGACAGGAGGAGUGCGGCGACAUGUCAGGAGAUCCAGGCUGUGUUCAGCAAGAAGAGAUUCCAGAGCCCUCUCAAACCAUUCACCUCUGGACAUAAACUGGAGGAUUACAUUAUAGGGAACCAAAUUGGGAAAGGCUCCAAUGCAGCUGUGUACGAGGCCGCAGCUCAGUUAGCCCCCCCGAACGAGAGUGAGCGUAAGUGCUCCCUGGUGCAGCUGAGGGAAGAUGAAGAGGAAGGGGAGAAGGCUCGAUCUCUGACAUGCUGCUCACUCAGAAACUUUCCUCUGGCAAUCAAGAUGAUGUGGAACUUCGGGGCAGGUUCGUCGAGUGAGGAUAUACUGAAAUCCAUGUCACAGGAGCUGGUGCCUGCAGGCCCCCUGGCCUUAAAGCAAGAAAAAGAACAAAUUACUCUGGAUGGACAAUUUGGAGUCCUUCCCAAAAGAGUGUCAGCACACCCUAAUGUGAUCAGAGUGUACCGGGCUUUCACAGCGGAUGUUCCAUUGCUGCCAGGUGCCCAGGAAGAGUAUCCAGACGUGCUGCCAGCCAGGCUCAACCCUGCUGGUCUUGGCAACAAUCGCACUCUUUUCCUGGUCAUGAAGAACUAUCCAUGCACACUGCGACAGUACCUGGAAGUGUCCACACCGGGCCGCAGGCAGGGCACUCUGAUGGUGCUGCAGCUCCUUGAGGGGGUCGACCAUCUGUGCAGACAGGGCAUCGCCCACAGAGAUCUCAAAUCAGACAACGUGCUGCUGGAAUUUGACUCAGAUGGAUGCCCUCGUUUAGUGAUUACUGACUUUGGCUGCUGCUUGGCUCAGAGUGACUCAAGUCUACAGCUGCCCUUCAACAGCAUUUGGGUCAACAGAGGAGGGAACGCUUCACUAAUGGCACCUGAGGUGGUCACUGCAGUUCCAGGAUGUGGUGCAGUGAUUGACUACAGCAAAGCAGAUGCCUGGGCUGUGGGUGCCAUCUCCUACGAGAUAUUCGGGCAGCAUAACCCGUUCUAUCGAGCCGUGGGACUGGAGAGCAGGACUUACCAGGAGAAGCAGCUUCCUUCUCUACCCUCCAGCGUUCCAGCUGAUGUGCAGUUAGUGAUCAGACUACUCCUCAGGAGGAACCCAAGCAAGCGCCCCAGUGCCCGUGUCGCAGCUAACAUGCUGCAUCUCAGCCUCUGGGGACGGAAGGCCCUGGCCAAUCAGGACAGUGCAGGCAUGAGGAAGCUGGCUGAUUGGCUGCUGUGCCAGUCUGCUGUGGUUCUCCUGAAGGGCUGUAGUGGACCCAGUGGGAACAAGGUGGAGGCAGAGCUUCAGAGGAGCUUUCUGGCUAACCUGGACCUGGAGGACCUGCGCACCGCUGUGGGCUUCCUGCUGUAUGGACGAGAUCAGCGUCAGGCCUGCAUACUGUCUGCAUAGAUACACUCAAACACAUAACUUAGAGUCCUGAAUAUGGAUAGACUGGGAGCCUGGGGUUAAAUCUUGCUUUAGAAAUGAGUAAAACAUCUAUAUUUGUAAUAUUUAUAAUCUUAGCCUUUACAUCUAUUGACUAAGUAGUGGAGAAAAAGCACUGUACUCUUACACUCUUACUGUGACUGCCAGUGUAUUACUGCAUUUAUUGUGAAUUGUCAAAUAUUGUAAUUCACCUUUUUGACCUUUUUCCUGGUCCACCCUAACCCAGUGCUGUCUGUUGCUGCUGAAGUCACUGAUCUGCACUUCCCAGGAUGAGUUCUCAUAAAUAUGUGAAUUAGUUUCACUCAGAAUCACUACACAUCAGCAGGAGUUAAACAAAGUACAACUAGUGCCCCUAAUGCAGAAAGCUACAUGUCUUCUGGGUGCAAUGCAUCAUGGAUGAUCCUGAUCCUAGGCCAGAAAUGGAAGGUACCACUAGCUACUGGUAAUUCUCCCUUAAAAGUGGAUAUUUUCUUUACAAGCUCUAAUGCACUUUUUAAAUAUUUGCUAGGAAAGACGCCGCACAGCUGUUAUCUGUGUGUUUGAUGAAAAUUUGCCUGUAUAAAAGUUAUAGACUAACAAAGGCGAAGGAAAAUGCUGAUAUUUUAGAUUUAAAGUAAUAAUAUACUAUACUUGUCAGACUCUACUGUGUAGGGGGACCUUAAGUUUUACAUAUUCGCAGGUAACGCACAGAACAUAAACUGCUUGUUUGUCCAUCAAACUGUCAUCAAACUGGUUUCCAGUGGGUGUCUGUGUAAGGUUGUUAGUCGAUCACUUAUACUCCUAUUCUGCACUAUGAAAUGUAUGUAGAAGCCUCUCCAUUGUGUCACUACGUAGUAAUCACAAUGAUGAUGGGUAGCACUGAUCAUGCAGAGUAUUGACCGACCUUAUGGAUGUGGUUUUGUUGCUUUUAGUCCUGUGGUUUGCACUUUGUGUCCAUGUUUGCACUUGCUCAGAGCCAUUGGGGUGGCUUACUGGUGUUUGUUUGUUGCUAGCUUAUAUACAGUUUAGUACUGAUUAUAGUCUGGUAAAUUGAUUUGAAUGGAGUGACUUAACGUUUCACACUUCUCUAUCAUCUGUUAUCAAAACCAGUAGGUUAAGUCUACACUUUCAGUAUCUUUAAAUAUCACAUAAUCACUUACUCAGUUAGGGAUACAAGAUAAAGAGCAUGUAUAUUGUUUUCAUACAAAGAUGGGGAGAAAUAUUUUGGAUAAAUGUAGAUUUUUCUGCAGUGUUUCAGAAUAAAGGUAUCUGCCUGAAGAGA